AUGCGGUUCAACAAGAAGGGAAAGUUAAGCCAGAGAUAUAUUGGGCCCUAUGAGAUUCUUGCGAAGAUUGGAUCGGUGGCUUAUUGGUUGGCGCUUCCAUCAUCUUUGGAUGGCGUGCAUGAUGUCUUCCACGUGUCUAUGCUACGAAAGUAUGUACAUGACCCCAGUCAUGUUCUAUCUCAGGAACCACCAGAGCUGGCAGCAGAUAUGUCAUAUAAAGAACAGCCUGAGAAGAUUUUGGACAGCAAGGUGGUGAAUCUCCGCAAUAGACCUAUUAAUUAUGUGAAGGUGAAGUGGUGCAACCACACAGAAGAAGAAGCCUCUUGGGAAGCCGAGGUGGAAAUGCGAGCAAAGUACCCUUCCCUUGGAUUCCUGCAAAAUUCUACUGCUGUGUACGCUGGCGAGCUAUUUUCCCUUGUGGUCAAACCAAGCCACAAGAUCAUUGACCAGUUCACGAGCCUGCCUAUGGAGGAGAGGUUCCUUAACCGGUAG